GUCGGAUAACCGCGCGAACCGGCUAGUCCACUAGCAUUUUUAUUUUUUCGAAAAAAUGAUUACAUUAUUAAUAUGUACGGUUUUAGUAUUUGUUUUGUUAUUAUCAUGGAUAAAUUUGGUGAAGGAAAGUCGACGGUUUAACCUGAAUGGACCCACGGCUUUGCCUAUUUUGGGAAAUGCACAUCUGUUUAUUGUUAAAUCAACAGAAAUGUUGGACUUGUUAGCGAGACUGGCGAGCAAGUAUGGCGAUGCGUUCAGAGUGCAUUUAUUCUCCACUCCUGUCGUGAUUGUAACCCACUCUAGAUAUGCUGAGGCACUAGUAUCAAGCACGGAGCACAUCACAAAAGGCAGGACCUACGACUUCCUAUUAAACUGGCUUGGUCUAGGUCUACUGACAUCCACAGGCCAGAUGUGGAAGACUCAAAGGAGAUUCUUAACACCCGCCUUCCACUUUAAUAUACUACAAAACUUCUUGCCAGUAUUUUGCAAGAAUCAGAGAUAUUUGACAGAUAAACUGCGGGGUCUUGCCAACGGACAACCUAUUGAUAUGACCCCUAUUGUUGCCUUGGAUGCUCUUGAUAACGUGACAGAGUCCAUAAUGGGAGUUUGCGUGGACGCACAGAAACAUCAGUCUGAAUACGUGAAAAGUAUCGAAGAACUGUCCGCAAUAGUAACGAUGAGGAUGCAAAAUCCUUUCAUGGGACAAGACGCUAUUUUCAAUUUGUUGCCUUACAAGACGAAACAGGAGAAAGCUUUGAAGAUUGUACAUGGACAGACCCAUAAAGUAAUUGAAGCAAGACGAGCGGAAUUAAGACGUGCUAAUAUAACUGCUCUUCCCGACAGUAAUGAUGUUGGUAUUAAGAACAAGCACGCAUUCUUGGACCUGUUGCUGUUAGCUGAAAUGGACGGCAAAAAGAUAGACGAUGAAGGUGUGAGGGAACAGGUCGACACAUUCAUGUUUGAGGGUCACGACACGACGACUUCAGGCAUUGUUUACACACUCUACUGCCUAUCGAAACACAGAGAUAUCCAAGAAAAGAUCUACGAAGAACUGCAAACUAUAUUUGGCAGUGAAAUGGAAAGAGACCCUACAUUUACUGAACUCAACCAAAUGAAGUAUCUGGAGUUGGUGCUCAAAGAAUCGUUGCGGCUCUUCCCACCAGUGCCACUCAUUGAGAGAAAGAUUAUGAGGGAUUGUGAAAUCGGAGACAUGAAACUAGUGAAAGGCACAUCGGUCCUCAUCAACAUCUACCAAAUCCACCGGCAGCCAGAUAUGUUUGAGAAUCCUUUGGAGUUCCGGCCGGAGCGGUUCGAAAAGCCAUUGAAGAAUCCCUUCAGUUGGAUUCCAUUCAGUGCUGGUCCUAGAAAUUGUAUAGGUCAAAAAUUCGCGAUGGUGGAACUGAAAAUUACCAUCUCAGAAAUCGUAAAAAACUUCUACAUAUUACCAGCAUCUCAAGAGCCUGAACUGAGCGCAGACAUCGUACUAAGAUCUAAGAAUGGAGUCCACGUUAAACUUAUGCCUAGGAAAUAAUGAUUUAAUUUUGUGAUAUUUUAUGAGAUUUUUUACUUGUUAAGAAUUAAAUGUUAUGACUGAA